AUGUCUACCGCAGAGACUCUGCCUCCGCCUUCGCCGGCCGUGUCUACGAGACAACCUUCUCCUGUAGUCUUUGCCGCACCGCAAGCAUCGACCUCUGCGCUGCCCACCGCAGGAACAUCACCCUCUGGCUCGCCGCGCUCUCUCGUACUCGACAUUUCAUCUCCUUCUCUUGCAUCUCGCGAGCCGCCUUACCCACAACCUGAGCCUGCACCGGCGAUAGAUACAACCGCACCCGUACCGCGGCUAUUAGGCAUCAACUACGUUCCGUCGCCGGUGGAGGAGCAGGACGAGACUGCAGACAGUGUUAACGAGAAAGCCGCUGUGCAUCCUCUGAGGUUAGAUGUGCACCCAGCGUCUCCACUACCGUGGGAAGGCGUCAAUGGCGACGACGAGAGCGCACAGACGCCCGGGACGAGCGAAGAUAUGAAGCGGGCGGGCCGCGAUGGAUUUCCCAAUAUCGCAUCCAAACGACUCGAACCACCUCGCUCUUCAUACUACUUCGGACCGCCGCCGCCAGAUUCGGCAUAUGGCACUGAUCCUAUAGGUCAACUGGGCGUGCAUCACCCACGCGAAGUUGUCCGUAUUGAGCGAGAUUACUCUGGUGGCGAGGUCGUGCAGUUUACGCCGGCGUACCCCUUAGAGUUCGAAGGCAGGAUCACGCCCACGCAGUUCCUCGAGACUAUAAACGCGCUGAACGAAGUGCUGUUCAGCGCAUACUCCCUCCGACAUGGUCUCCUCGACAACGUCCUGGAUAUCUUCAGCUUACACCUGAGCAAGCUGGUGCUGUCGACGCAUUAUGAUCGUGAAAUGAAACGGCUGCAACGCACAAUCGACGAUUUCAACACACGCGUGUACGCGCCCGCCGGCCUGUACAUCCGUUGGCCGCGCGAGGUCGGAUUUCUCUUCCUCGAGAUCGAGUACUACUAG